UAGACAAACAGGCGACUUGGCCGCCCAGAGAGGCUUUAUCCGUGGCCCCUUGAUCUUCUUCCUGCGCAGAGAGCCUUCGCGGGUGAGGCGUAACGUGCAGGAGGUCUCACGAGAGUGGAAGCAAGUCUCGCGAAUUUUAAAAUUUAUCUUUUUGCCUAGCGACUGACAACAGGCUGGUUGCUUGGCGUGGAAUCGUAAAGUGGCCUGGCUUUGAGACUGGAGUGGGACCCCAGCCCUAGGCUGGGGUUCUUUCCAUUAUAGAGGAGACGGAUUCAGAAGGGCUACAGACCAAGGUUGUUGAAAACCAGACAUAUGAUGAACGUCUAGAGAUUAACGACUCUGAAGAGGUUGCAAGUAUUUAUACUCCAACCCCAAGACACCAAGGACUUCCUCAUUCUGCCCAUCUUCCUAACAAGGCUAUGGCUGAUAACAGCAGUGAUGAGUAUGAAGAGGAAAAUAACAAGGUCCUAAGGGAGGGCAUGCCACAGGUUCCAGGCCACAGAGGCAAAGACAUGGACCCUGUUCCACCUGCCCCUGAAAGUCUCAAGUGCCACCAGACCCCUUCUCAUGGACUUGAGAGGGUGGGAUGGUACAGAGAGAGCCAGAAGCACAGAAAGUUUCAAGCAGCUUACGCUGGGCAGUCUUGCAAAUUAAGUACUAGAUUUCCUCUCUAUGGUCUUUCUUUCUAUGCCUGCCCUGCCCUAUCUCAGGAGAAGAAAAAGACCUCACAGUUGACACCUCAGCGGGGCUUUAGUGAAAAUGAUGAUGACGAUGAUGAUGAUGAUUCAUCUGAAACUGAUUCUGAUUCUGAUGAUGAUGAUGAAGAGCAUGGAGCCCCUCUGGAAGGGGCCUAUGACCCUGCAGAUUAUGAGCAUUUGCCAGUUUCUGCUGAGAUUAAGGGACUCUUCCAGUACAUCAGUAGGUACACACCUCAGUUGAUUGACCUGGACCACAAACUGAAGCCUUUCAUUCCUGAUUUUAUCCCAGCUGUCGGGGAUAUUGAUGCAUUCUUAAAGGUCCCACGUCCUGAUGGAAAGCCUGACAACCUUGGCCUGUUGGUAUUGGAUGAACCUUCUACAAAGCAGUCAGACCCUACGGUGCUCUCACUCUGGUUAACAGAGAAUUCGAAGCAGCACAACAUCACGCAACAUAUGAAAGUAAAAAGCCUGGAAGAUGCAGAAAAGAAUCCCAAAGCCAUUGACACGUGGAUUGAGAGCAUCUCUGAAUUACACCAUUCUAAGCCCCCUGCGACUGUGCACUAUACCAGGCCCAUGCCCGACAUUGACACACUGAUGCAGGAAUGGUCCCCAGAGUUUGAAGAGCUUUUGGGCAAGGUAAGCCUGCCCACAGCAGAGAUUGAUUGCAGCCUGGCAGAGUACAUUGACAUGAUCUGCGCCAUUCUAGACAUCCCUGUCUACAAGAGUCGGAUUCAGUCCCUCCAUCUGCUGUUUUCCCUCUACUCAGAAUUCAAGAACUCCCAGCAUUUUAAAGCCCUCGCUGAAGGCAAGAAAGCAUUCACUCCUUCAUCCAACUCCACCUCCCAAGCUGGAGACAUGGAGACAUUAACCUUCAGCUGAGACAGCUCCCAAGCUGCUGUUUCAAGGCCGAGCUGGCCCCUCUGCCCCAGCUGAGAUGGACAGAUCGUUGUCAGCUACUUGAUGUCCUUGCCUAUGCCACAGCUUGGCUCAGGGCCAGUGCAUGCCCUGCUGCCCUCUCUGCCAGAGGGUACAGAACAUGUUUGUUUAAUGAACCCGCCUGCCUCAGAUUGCUGUCCCCGGCGAGUUAAUGUGUCCGUACCACUGUGGGGAUUUGAGUUAGAAGAACUGGAAUUUCUGAGACCCAUGGAGCUUGGAUUGGGAGGAAAGCUUCAAAGAUUUCCUUUUUGUGAGAGGGAUGGAAUUGUUUUCUUUGAUUCGUAAAGUUGGUAAAAAUUUUAUAAAUCA